CACCAUUUCUCAUAACAACUCGCACCGAACUUCUCUAAGCAAUCCAGAAACCGAACAUCAACAACGACACUGCCGAUUCGACAUCGCCUAAGCGCCCUGAUAACCAACAUGCCAACGCCACUCGACAAUGCGCUGCACUCGAAGAACCUCUUCCUCGGUUUUGCCGCCUUAGUGACCGGAGUCACCGCAUGGAGCAUCUGGGGCCAGGACAUGUUCCCAGCUCAGGAGGAGAAGCCCACAGGAGCACCAGAGACAUGGACGAAGGGUCAGCUGAAGCAGUGGCUAAGUUCUCGAGGUGUUGUGGUCGAGGAGAGCUCGACGAAAGACCAGCUCGUCGCGAUGGUCAAAACGAUCUUGGACAAUCCGCCAAAGUCCAAUGCCUGAAGGAUACCUUUUGUCUCGAAACGAUAGCAUACCAAUGAUACCCAAGCUCCUAAUCCAAGUCACGUUCUGUCC